UUCGGCGCACCGUCGCCCGCUACAUGAUGGCUGCCCUCAUCCUUAUUCUCCGCUCAUGCUGCGUCUCCGUCAUGAAAAGAUACCCCACCAUGGAACAUAUUGUCAAAGCAGGUUUUCUGACACAAAAUGAGGUGGUAGAUUUCGAGAACGUCAACUGCAAGUACCACAAGUUCUGGGUGCCACUGGUCUGGGCCAACACUGUCAUCACAAAUGCCAGGAGGGAAGGCAAGAUCACAAGUGAUUACGGCUUCCGACUCUUAAUAGAGCAACUGGCCGAUUUUCGCGACAGGUGCUCGAUCUGCUUCGUGUUCGACUGGAUCACAAUCCCGCUGGUUUACACUCAGGUCGUGACAUUGGCGGUCUACAUCUUUUUCGGUGGCUGCCUAAUCGGCCGUCAGUACGUGGAUAAUGACAAGGAUGAAAUUGACCUUUACGUGCCCGUGUUCACACUGCUGCAGUUCCUCUUCUAUAUGGGUUGGCUCAAGGUAGCAGAGCAGCUCAUUAAUCCAUUCGGAGAGGAUGAUGACGACUUUGACAUGAACUGGCUUCUCGACAGACAUUUUGGGGCGGCAAUGUGCUUGGUUGACUACUGCCACCAGGUGGUUCCUGAUCUCGUGAAGGACAUUCACUUCAACGAAAUUGUCACGGAGGAUCUGCCGUACACCGAGGCCUCCAUGGCUUCACGCAGACCCAAUUUUAUGGGAUCCACGUACAAUUUAGCGCGACCGAGUUUAGUUCAGCAGCGUCUUGUGUUGAACCCAGAAGCAUACGACCUAAACCACACUGGUUUUGCCGGUUUGCACCGCCGCUCAACAGCCCAAGGGGAUUCCAACUGGAGCCUCUUCCGACAUAAAGAGAGUCUGCAGAUAGCCGACUCUCAAACUAACCUAAAUGUCAAUCCGCUUCCCAACGGUAAUUCAGGCUACGGACCUCUUGACGUUUCCAUGACAUCACUCAUGCGAGCCGGUCGGAGCGAGCGGGCGGGGAGCGUCGACAGUCGAAUGAGUGAUACAAGCUUUCUCUCAGCACGUGGGUCACUUCCCACAAACGAGCUUCCAGAAUACGUCCCCUUACGACGCGCGCGUCAUUCCGUUGGGGAAGUUCCCCACAGGCCCCUUAAGCGGGCCAUCGACGGCGAAAGAGAGCAGAGAUGGGGUUUCCCGAUGAACCUUUUUCACCGGAAGGGUUCUAAAUCUACCAAUGAAGACAUCGUGACGGGGCAGUCACAUUCGUCUGAUAAUAAUAACGACGAUAAUUCGCCGCUAGUAUCACCGCCUGCGUUAAACAAAGGGGGUCGCUUCCUUGUGGAGAAGGUAUCCGGCGACGUGGAUGCCUCUAAGCAGACGCACAACAAGCAUAUCCUGGACAAGCAAAUGAUCCACAUGCCUGUUUUCCGACCGCCAUACCUGUCCGUGAUUGACGAGGGAAGCACCGUCAGGAGCGUUACGGACCUUACUUCAUCUGUGUCGUCAUCAAAUGAAGAAGUAGCCCACAAUGGAGACUCAGAAAUACCAACAGUCAUCGUCGAGGAAGACGAGAAGCAAGAUGACGUGUUUCCGCUUUCAGUGAAAUCGGAAAAGGCAAGCCAAGCAGCUUACAGUAAACAAAGCGAUUCGAAUGCUAUUAAGAUACAAAAUGAUGGAUAAAUAGUGCGUGUUAAAUGUUCACUUAUUUUAGUUGAAUAACUACGCUCUAACAAAUAUUCAGAGAAUACAACAAAUACAAAAACCAUAGUUGUAUUUUAUGUGGAUUAAGUGAUAUUCCAUACAUUUUUCUGAUCUUAAGUGUGUGAACAUAUGGGUUAAAAUAUAGAACGAUAUGUGUAUUUGCACAUAUUUCAGAAACAUGUUUACAUGAAGCAAACACACAUUGUCUUAACCUUUAGAAAAGAAAAGUAUAAUUCGAUAUAUAUUUUUCCAACUUCGACCGAUGUCGUCUGCUAAGUGACAGAUCAUAAGAUCAGGGUGCCGGAUCAACGGGGUUUACACGCGGGCUAGACAGAAUGAAAACACACCGUUAAGAACGAUAUUUUUGCAAAUAUCUCAAGUUAUUGAAAUAUGUUUGCAAAAAUCUUAAGUGCAUAAAAGACCAUUUUUCUUGCAGUCUGUGCUAAUAUCUUAAGAUUUAAGAAUUUAUUAUUGAAUACGUCUGAAAUCGGUGCCAAAAUUUCACGUUGCGUGCAGCAUAACCGUGUAUAAGAUUGGCUGUAAACAUGGAUUUUUUGGCCAAUAACACAUGUUUAAAUAAAGUAAUUUCGAUGUUUUUCACAUUGACGCAUAAAAACACAGUCUUUUAUGCACUAGUUGAAAAAGUUAUUUAAAAAGCAACACUUACCGGUGUGUUUACAAAGCAACACUUACCGGUGUGUUUACAUCCAUUAACAUCCAUUUGUAAACCCCAUAAAGUCAAGUGACCCUCAAUAACCAUAAAAAGGCUUUCAUUAAUUAAAGUGUAGUACCGUAUACAACUGGCUUGGUCUAGUUUACACAAUGUUAACUAGUUGUUAUUUUGAACACAUUUGUCGCUGAUUUACAUGAGGUAUACGUACACAUUCAAAUAACCAAAAUCCAUGCGAUAAUGUAUUGUCAUUUAAAUUAACCCAUUUAUGCCUAGUGGACUCUUCCAUCCUUUAAAAUUGGAUCAAUUUAUUACCAAAAUUAGGGAUGUCUAGUAUAUUUAUUUCUAUAUUUAGAAAAUUUCUUAAUGGACUUCCUUUAAGCAAACAGCAAAGACCCUGAUGAGACGCCGCAUCAUGCGGCGUCUCAUCUGGGUCUACGCUGUUUGCCAGGGCCUUUUUUCUAGACGCUAGGCAUAAAUGGGUUAAAGUGAAAUGAAUUUUAUUUUCAAUAUGCGAAUUUAUACAUGAAACAAGCGCAUAACAAUUAUACAUGGCUAGGUCAGGGGCGGGAGAUUGAGAACUAGACCUAUUAGAGAUUUGUCAACCACCUGUUAUUAUUGUUCAAAGCCCACGAAUGUGAAUUGGUGUUUAGAUGUGCAUUUAAAUAAUCAGACUACGUUUGCUCUUUGUACUCAUAUUUACAACAAGCGAUGUAGGUAUAUGUUAUCAUGAUCUUGUUACACAUAAUAUGUCAUGUACAUUCCAAUAUAUGUUCAUUUGUCAAGAAUGAUUAUUCACGCUUCGAUGAAUCGAGUCUAUGUUUACUUAAAGUGUUUAUUUCUACGACAAAUAAGGCAAAUUGAUAGAAAAUGUCUGUUUUCUAUGUUUAUGAAGAAUGGAAAACUGAACGACAAUCCGAAAUAAGCCAACCACUCAUGCGAACUUUAAUCAUGCUAGUCUAUGAAAUAUUGAACAGUUAUGGAGAAAUAAUUCUCAAUUUGUUUUUACAAGCCUUACUAUUGACUAUUUGUUUGGG